GGAGGAUCAAGAGCCUCUCAGCACCGCGAGGGGGCCUGAUGCAGUAACGGGAGCAUCAGCCGUUCAAGAGAGCUUCACGGCACAGGCGGGUGUGCGCACUGACUCACUCACUCACUCACCCGUAGAGACAGACUGCGAUUGGAUGCGCGAGGCGGCCAGAUCGUGUGUUUUGUGUUGCUGCCGCGCAGUAUAUUUUCACGCAAGUGCCGAGGACUGCACGGGAAAAGUUUAUUUCAGAGACUCUCCAACUAACGGACAUGGCCGCUCCCAGAUCCCCCUGAACGCCAGUCGCGCGGACACAACAAAAGAUGUGGAUCCACUAACAGCCUGUCUUCUGAAUAACUCAAUGACGGAUUGAGCCAUGACAGAACAGGAUGGCCGCUGUGAUUUGUCCAUCGCCCCGGGGCAGGUGUAUGUCGAGGUGGAGUUUGAUUAUGAGUACAAGGCGAAAGACAGACUUAUCUCCAUACGGCAGGGAGAAUGCUACAUGUUGGUUCGCAAAACCAAUGAGGACUGGUGGCAAGUUCGUCGGGAGGAGGGCACCAAGGCUUUUUAUGUCCCCGCUCAGUACGUCCGAGAGGUCCGGCGUGCCCUUAUGCCGCCGCCCAAACCUCGUGCAAAGCCCCCUAACGUUCUUGAAAUCGCCCAGUGCUGGUCGUCAAAUGAAAAUCUCAACCAACGUGCUCCAACGGAAUGGUCCAGCUUCAGCAGGCCACCUCCUUCAACGACGCCGUCCCCAUUGCCAGGUCAACAGACCCCGCCUCUAAUGUUGCGGGACACCAAUCAGAACUCGGGGAUGAAGAGCGUUGUUGCCGAGCUCACUCUGCUUAAAAACAACAACCAUCAUAACUAUCACCAUGGCAACCCCACACUUCCACAAGGACGAGCGGAAUCCCCUCCACAGGAGCAAGGUCGCCCGGGGAAGCUCCCAGGCGGGUCGUCGGUGGACACGGACGGAAGCGUGUCACCAGGAAACGGGUUGGAGAAAAUGAGAAAAGACUCUGAAUCUGGAGAUGAGCUCAGCAGCAGUUCUACCGAACACAUGCAGGGCAUAUCUCCCACCGGACAGGGUCGACCCGAGUCCCCCGUUUACACCAACCUCCAGGAGCUAAAGAUCUCUCAGUCGUCUCUCCCACCUGUUCCCUCUUCCUCUCCUCUGCACAUCCUGGGCGACUGGGAAACGCACAAAGAUACGAGUGGAAGAAACUUCUACUACAACCGCAUGACUCAGGAGAGGACCUGGAAACCGCCCCGCUCUCGAGACUGCGGACUCACUCGUGGGGACACGUCCAACUCUGGAGACAUGGAGCAUUUGUCUUCUGAGGAGAACUGCCUCAGCACACACUCCAGUCAGUCGGACAGUCAGUACGGAUCGCCCCCUAGAGGUUGGUCUGAGGAACUGGACGAACAUGGCCACACACUCUAUGUGUCUGAAUACACCAAUGAGAAGUGGAUUAAGCAUGUGGACGAACAAGGGCGGCCGUAUUACUACAGCGCUGAUGGAUCCCGCUCAGAAUGGGAGUUACCAAAAUAUAAUCUCUCUCCUCCGAUCUCUGAAGAAGCUCCUAAGAGUCACAGUUUGGAAAGAAAACAGCAGGAGCCCAUUGUGCUGACCAAGUGGAGACACAGCACCUAUGUGCUGGACAUCAGUGACAAGCUGCCAUUCAAAAGCAGAUGGUUCAGUGUUAAACGCCUCUCCAGGGGCUUCGGCCUGUCACUGUACAGAGAAUCCUCAGAAAAGUGUGGUGUUCUCAAUGUCACCAAGAUUACUGAACAUGGAAAGAAAGUCAGGAAGAAUUGGGCCUCCACCUGGACUGUCCUGCAGGGAUACUCUUUACUUUUUGCAAAGGGUCAGGGCGGCGGCACCAGCUGGUCGUACUGCCGCAAUGGUUCCUUUCCUGAACUCCUCCUUUCAUUGCUAAGUAACUGGAAGCGUUCGAUUAAGCCCCGGCCUGCAGUGUCCUACACGCACUGUAGACGCAGCCGGGCUCCUCCUUUUGGAGGCAACCAUUCUAAACCCGAAUUUACAGUGGACCUGCGAGGUGGUUCGGUGGAGUGGGCAUCCAAAGAAAAAUCCAGCAAGAAACAUGUCAUUGAGCUGAAGACACGAGUGGGCACUGAGCUGCUGAUCCAGUCUGAGAUUGACAGCGUUAUCAACGACUGGUUCAGAGCGCUUUCUGAGACCAUCAACACACAUGCUUGGGAGUCUGAUGAGGCCAUUGAAGAGGACAUGCCGGAGUCUCCAGGAGCUGAGAAACACGACAAAGAGAAAGACCCGAGAGACUCCAAGAAACACAGAGUCGUAAAGAACCCCAGUUUGGAUUCGUCUGAGCAGAAGAAGACCAGAGUCAAACUGAAGAAGUUCCUCACACGGAGACCCACAUUACAGGCUGUCCGGGACAAGGGCUACAUAAAAGAUCAGGUGUUUGGCUGCAGUUUGACUGUUCUGUGUCAGAGAGAAGGUACUUCCGUGCCUAAUUUUGUCAAGAUGUGCAUUGAGCAUGUGGAGAAUACAGGCUUGAAUGUUGAUGGCUUGUAUAGAGUCAGUGGAAACCUGGCUGUCAUACAGAAACUGCGCUUCGCGGUCAAUCACGAUGAGAAGGUGAAUCUGGAAGACAAUAAGUGGGAGGAUAUCCACGUGACUACAGGUGCUCUCAAGAUGUUUUUCCGGGAGCUUCCAGAGCCUCUGUUCACUUACGCAUCCUUUAAUGACUUUGUCGAAGCCAUUAAGCCAUCCGAUUACAAGCAGCGAGUCCAGUCCAUAAAAGACUUGAUCAAACAGUUGCCAAAACCCAAUCAGGAAACAAUGAAAGUGUUAUUCAGACACCUGAAAAGAGUGAUCGAUCAUGGCGAGGUGAACAGGAUGACUACCCAGAGCGUGGCUAUCGUGUUCGGCCCGACCCUGCUGCGGCCAGAGGUCGAGACGGGCAAUAUGGCGGUUCACAUGGUCUAUCAGAACCAGAUUGUAGAACUCAUCCUUCUAGAGUAUGACAACAUUUUUGGCAGGUAGAAUCAAUUCAGAGAACACAGAGCCAGUUUAACAUCUCAUAUCCAUCGCACAAAAACAUACCACUGCUUAAUGGAGUAUAUAAACAAACGUGAGUGGAUUUACUGUGACAUAUGACUGGAUAUAAGCAAAGAAAAUGACUACAGGAAGAUUCUUUAUGCACUUAAUAUUUUUUGCAGUUCUGAGGAUAUACACACUUUUUUUUCAUUUGGAUCGUCAUUCCUUGGCUCAGAAUAAGCUGGAUGGACUUUUGGACAAUUAUGGAUGGUCACUAGUCUCCAUUAUGCACUCUUUUUUUUGAGAAAUGGGAAUACUUUUCUUAGUUGGACACUGGAAUGGACUUUGUCUUAGCCAGUAUUGACGACUAGUAUGGAAACUGACUGAGUGGACACUUUCAAGUCUUUGCAGUGAAAUGUUUAAAAGAAAUUCUGAUUUUGACUUGUAUCUGGGCUCUUGCAGGGCUCAGAGGUUUAGUUUUCUUCAUUUUUUUCCUGUGGAAUAAGCUGAAAGUGCGCUGUAUUAGGAGACAGUAUUAUUUAACAAUGACUACUGACCUACGGAUAGUGGGGUUGGACAAUGAUUAAUAAUCAGUAUUAGGACAGGAUUCCUGUUUAAUAUUUGGAAAAUUCUUGUUUUUUCCGUAUCCACCCAUGUUUGCCCUCCAUCCACACCUCCCUUAAGUUUACUGGAAAAGUUGUGCGCCUCAUGCUACUGGAUAACAGACAUGCUCUUCACACAGUUAUGUCAUCCAAUAGAAAAACUUCCUUUUAAUGAAAAGACCCUACCUUCAAUGAAAUAUCCAGGUUUUCACGCUUUUGAGAUCAAACCUGUGUUGUUUCCUUGGAAGAAACGGACGGUGUUGUGCUGAAUUGUGUAACAGUACGAACCAGAUCUCUCCAGAAGAGCUCUCAAAAACAGUCCGAGGUCUCAUCUCUCGCCCUUGUAUCUCUCUAGGCUUACUGGAAAAAGAAAAGUGAGCUGCUUAGAUCGGCAUUUAGGCCUUACACGGUUUCAGAUCAAUACAGAAUAUUCCUCUACUGUUUCCGGCUCUGCCUCUGGAUGGAAAGGAGCUUGAUAACAAAUUGACAGGAUGGUACUGGAAAUAGUGCUGCAGUUAGUGUUCACUGAAGGUACGCAUGAGAAACGCCUUCUCGGUCUCGUUUUUAACAAAAUAUGAAAACAUGUGUACAGAAUACUUGAACUUGUUGUAAAAAAAAAAAAAAGAAGUGUGAUGGCUUGAAGUUGUGUGUCAGUAACAAAUGGAAAAGAUCUAAUUUUGUUGAUGUAUGGAUGAAGGUAAUGAGUAUUAGAUGGGACGGGGGAGGGGUGAUGUCAUCACCGAUUUGUGAACUGCACAUUGUGAAUGUAAUUUUCAGACUAACUGCUGUUUCUGAAAUUGACGCCUAAUCCUAAUUAAAAAGACAAAAACUCAUGGAUAAUAUUAAAGUGAUAAUGCUCGA